AUGGACGGCCGGCCUAUAACGGCAGACUCGAAACAUAAUUACCCAUCUCAACCUCUUUGGACCCGGUCGACUUCAAGUCCAGCCGUGCCGAGACUAAGUUCCUACUCUCCCACAAACCCGGAUCCGAUUCUUGCCUCUCAGUACUUGUCGACCCAGGUUGACUGGAUUCCAAUAUUUUUCCCUCAGCAGUCGUCACUCUACCAGGCACAGCUUCUUCAAUAUAAUAAGCUUAUAGCACCAGGACGAGGUGGUGGUCUCCAAACCGCUCCCUUGCCUCCGUUGUUAUCAGCUCAGAAUAUCCACGUCGGAUCUAGAUCUCGUUCCUCUUCCAAGGUGUCCAAUAAGGAUUCUCGCGCUAGGCAGAGUUCCCAGAAUUGCCAUGCUACUAGAGGCAAUCAUAACACCAGUAAAGCCGAUCGCGCGCUUAUAACAGGCAAGGACGCGCCGCCCAAGAUGCCGCCUAAGAAAUCAGAUCUGGCUCAGCCCCUCUCUCUGAGGCCCAAGGCGUCUGUUUCUGCUUCGAAUUUACCUGCGCAUUCUAAUUCCGUCCCCUCGACUCCUCAGCAGCAUGCGCGCAAAUUUUCCUUCGAGUCUAGAGAUCACUCACCCAAUGCCAACCAAUCCCAUUCCCCUCGAUCCGCAUAUUCCGAGACCAAUGGAGCCGUCCCCUCCUUGCGACCCUUGCCGCCGCGGCAUGGCGGUUGCAAAUACGAGACCGGGCUUAAACAUUCCCGUCGGAGAAUACCGUACAGCAUAGGAACGGAUUUGUUGGAGAGAAUGGAUUUGCAAACUAUAAAGAGCAAACUAUCUGAAGAUGAUGAACGAAAGCUCACCACAGAUAUGCGUGAGCUUUAUGACCGGUUACAACCAACAGAAAAAGUUGAGAUAAAGAGGCGUAUGUUAGUACAGAAGCUAGAGAAGCUCCUUAACGAUUCCUGGCCGGGACACGACAUUCGUGUGCAUUUAUUUGGCUCGUCUGGAAACCUGUUAUGCUCGGAUGAUUCUGAUGUGGAUAUAUGCAUAGUGACUCCAUGGAAGGAGCUUGAGGGUGUCUGCAUGUUAGCAGAAUUACUAGCGAAACAUGGGAUGGAGAGGGUUGUUUGUGUAUCUUCAGCCAAGGUCCCGAUCGUUAAGAUAUGGGAUCCCGAGCUAGAAUUAUCCUGUGACAUGAACGUCAACAAUACCUUAGCAUUGGAGAAUACCCGCAUGAUCAAAACUUAUGUCCAGCUCGACGACCGUGUACGACCUCUCGCUAUGAUUGUCAAGUACUGGACGCGGCGGCGAAUUGUUAAUGACGCUGCAUUUGGUGGAACACUAAGCUCAUAUACGUGGAUAUGCAUGAUCAUCGCAUUUCUACAGCUGCGCCAACCUCCUGUUCUGCCUGCAUUGCACCAGCGGGCACACCAGAAACUUCCCGGAAAGGUCGGCGAUAUAAUUUCAUUUUCCGAUGACGUGGACAAACUGCGAGGAUUUGGAAGCAAAAAUAAAUCUUCUCUAGGAGAGUUAUUGUUUCAGUUCUUUCGAUUUUAUGCCCAUGAAUUCGACUAUAGUACAGACGUGCUGUCUGUUCGACUGGGCAAGAUUAUCACCAAGAAGGAAAAGAAAUGGCACUUUGCGUUAAACAACCAACUUUGUGUUGAAGAGCCGUUCAACAUCAAUCGAAACCUUGGUAACACGGCUGAUGAUACCGCAUUUCGAGGUCUCCAUACUGAGCUCCGUCGUGCUUUUGACCUAAUCGCAGAAGGGAAGCUUGAAGAGUGUUGUAUACAAUAUGAAUACCCGAAAGAGGAAGAGAGAAUAUUUCAGAAACCGGCACAGGUAUCUCGUCCCAUAUUAGUGCGGAGUGCUUCCCAGCAGCAAUCCAACCGUGGGGGCCGUGGAGCGGGAUUUCGGAACGGAAAUCGACAGCAAGGUCAGCAUCGAAAUAAUGGCAACAGCAAUAGUAAUAGUCGGCGAGCGUCGUCUAGUGUACCUUAUGAUAACAACGGGAGCCCUAUGUUCAUCCCGACUGCGUACCCGAUUAUGACGCAUCAAGACGCUCUCAUGUACAUGCAACAACAGCCGACAGAUUUGAUGGCGCAGACGAUCAACGCCUUGACAUUACAGGAGAACAACCUUAGAUUCCUCCAAUAUGCGCAGUCGCAGGCAUUUAAUAUACAGCAUAAUCAGAUGAUGCAGGGUAAUACCCCGCAAACGCAGUCUUCAUCAGCGGAGCGUUCUAGGACGAACUCCUUCGAUACACCUCCUUUGAGUGCGCCCCUCCGCCCGGAAAUACGCCCCGAGAUGUAUUAUUAUCAGAUGCAGAUUCCGCACGCGUUCUACGCGCAGCAAGGUUUUCCUACGUACCCGUCAUCACCCUCAACCGGGCACGCCGCUGAAUUUCGACGGAGUUCCCACCGUUCAACAGCUGCUAGCGAUACUAGUCAAACUGCUUCCGGAAGCGCCUUGAGGUCACAGUCACAACCGGCGUCGCGAACUGUUCCUGGUAUGCCGACUGCUCAAGGCUUAGCCGGGACUGGUCAGAUACCUAAUGGGGUUACUAGUGUUCCUGCUCGCCAUAUCAACGGAGUCCCCAUGCCUAGCUUCAUUCCGGACGAGGGGCAGGAUGUCGAACAGAGCAGAUCAACGACGAACACUCCGCCAGAGGAAGAAAAAGGUCAUAGCUAUUACGCAGACCCAUCUAGCCCACCUCGGCGAACGGGCGCUGCGACUAGUAGCGUACCUGCAUUCGGCGACCUUGGUGCUCAAUCUUCAACAGGUCAGAGCCGAGGCCGUUUGUCGUCCGAUCAGCUGCCCCAGUCGAUACUGGAUAGAAUCAAGCAAAAUUCAUCUCGUUCUCCUUCGCCGCUUGGUCAAAAUAGAGUCUAUGCUGCUAAUAGAAACUCUGCUCCUCUUGCUUCUGGGCCGUUCCCUGCGGCUGCUGGAUCGCAAAUUCGUGAGACAACCCCUUUGGUUGUCAACGGCUCUAUGUCAAAGCUUGCAAACGGCAGCUCGCCCCGACAGCCCUCGCAGAGUGAGAUUGCACCCACCCUAUAUACCGGUUAUGACAAUCCACUUCACAUUAACCAGCAGCUAGAGGUGGCUGGCCCCGUCGUUGGAACUCCAUCAAGUCGUACCUCUACAUCUCGGAAAACGAAUUCACCAUCGUCAGACCGACCGGUCGUUGUCAAUGGUUCAUCGAAUGCCUGCGCCGCAAUGACCACUCAGGUACCGCCGUCCCAAUUUCCUCAUGACUUAGCUACGAAUCAAACAGGUAGUCACAUCCAUGCUAUGAAUAUGCCUACUGUGCCCGUUGGAUUUGACAACGCGGGCAACGCUUCUGGGUUCAGCGCGCAUGCCUUGCAACGCUUCCCUAUUCGUGCAUCACCCAAUGCACUCAUUGCGCAACUUGACCUCGCGACAGAAAACCGUAUGCAAGCGACUGAGCUCGCGCACCUUUCGCCAGUAUAUGAGACUAAUAGUCCUUCCCCAAGUUUCACGCGAAGAUUAGAGUUGCCUUUCGACCAGGCACCAGCAGUCCCAACUACUAUGGCGUAUAGUCAACCGGAUUUCAAAGCUGAGCCGCCUAAAGCUAACCAAAAGCCCCCGGUCGAAACGUCACCCAGGGUCGAUGGGCCGAUGCCCCUGCAUCCGAGAGUAAAUGGCUUGUCGAGGGAAAACGGACAUACGCGAGGCGUCAAAAGUGAGAGUGAUAAUGCUAGUACCGGAUGGCAGAAGAUGACUAGGGGAAGGAAGAAGGGCAAUGAUACAAAGGCAAGAAGCGAGGCGUACCCGCAGAGCGAGCAGUUGCCAAAGAACGAUUCCGAGAGGAAAGGAGGCUGA